CAGAAAACCACUUGGAACUUUAAUUAAGGUUGAAAGUGCUGUAUCGUUCGUUGCUUGAUACAAAGCGAGUUUUUUUCAACGAAUGAUCGUUCGACGUAUUCGAAGUGGAUGAUUACAGCCAUGAAACCUGUCCUUUCACGAUAUUCUUUUAUUCAACUAUUCAAUUUCAUUUUAUUGCAGGCGGCAUGUCGCUUCAAAGUGCGUUACAUACAAGUGAAUCACAUGGACGGCCUAAACUACGAUGAUAUAACUUACAAUUUUCUGAUCGGUGGUGAUGAAUACAUUUACGUAGGGCGCGGAUUUCAGAAAAUGGGCGCUCAUACUCAGGGUUACAAUUCCAAGAGUGAAGGGAUCGCUUUUAUCGGAAACUAUGAUUACGUCGAUGAUCCAACGACUACGCAAAUGGAACAACUACAGUUACUGCUUGAGCAUGGCAUCAGCCAAGGCUAUAUAUCUAAAAGUUACAAGAUAUAUGCUUCCCAACAGCUGAAUGUAAACGUACCAACAGGGAAGAAGCUAAUAGAAGCACUUAAAAAAUUUCCCAACUUCGUUGAUAAAACAUCCAAUACCAAUGUUAGCAUUUAUACAAACUGUAUGUACCAGGUAAAGCUGAUCCAAGACUUUCACAUAUCUCCCGACUCGAAGAACUUUUCCGAUAUAGCUUACCAAUUCCUUGUCGGGGGAGAUGGAAACGCAUACGAAGGUAGAGGAUGGACAAAGCAAGGUGCACACACUAAAGGUUUUAACGUAGACAGCAUCUGCAUCGCGUUCAUCGGAACAUUCAUUUCCAAGGAACCGCCGAUCGCACAACUAAGUGCCGCGGAACAACUAAUCCAGCAGGGACUUGAAGGCUACUACCUGGCUUCCAACUAUAGCUUGUUCGGGCAUCGACAGCUGGCACCAUUCGAAAGUCCGGGAAAGGCGCUGUACAAUAUCAUUAAAACAUGGCCUCACUGGUCUAACAAACUGAGCGAUAACCAUUGGGUCGAUCCAUCGAAGCCAACGACGAUGCAUUGAUACCAUUGAUGCUGCAAAAAGACUGUGAUGAUAAAAACAAUCGAAUAACACUUUCACAAUU